AUGUGUUUCAAGACCACAACACCUGGCUUGACUUCCAAUUCAGACAUUGCUCUUGUGAGAGAUAUGGUACUCAACUAUAUGAGAAAUCCUCGCUCAAUGAUGCUAGCUGUCGUUCCAGCCAACGUGGAUAUUGCAACACAGGAGAUCAUAGAAAUUGCCAGAGAAUUGGAUCCGGAUGGAAUCAGGACACUGAGAUGCCUUACCAAGCCCGAUCUCGUGGACGAAGGAGCAGAAGAGAAAAUCAUCGACCUAGUCGAAGGGACCCAAGAUUCGGAAGAAUUAGGCUGA